GGGAGGCCGCGGCCGUCGGCCCGUGAGGGGAGACGAUGAGCGGCGCCGCCGCCGCCAUUAAGGACGACGACAACAACGGCAACGAGGAGCUGAGGGAGCAGCUGCGGCUGCAGCAGCUGUACGGCGAGGCCCAGCCGGGCGGGCCGAGGGACGGAGACCCCUACACCUUCGUGGACCCGGCCGACGGCGAGGCCUACGAGUGGGACCGCGACAAGAAGGCCUGGUUCCCCAAGAUAACGGAAGAUUUCCUUGCUACUUACCAUGCCAAUUACGGGUUUCCCGCCGAUGGCUCCUCCGCCUCAGAUGAGAAGACCGAAAGCAAGGCUGUUGGAGAUGCUAAGACUUCGCAGAAGCCCGUAGACAAAAAAACCACACAACAAACGGAGCCCAAACCUAAAGGAGAAAAAAGAAAGCCUGAGGCAGGGUGGUUUCAUGUUGAAGAAGAUAGAAAUACCAAUGUAUAUGUGACUGGUUUGCCUCCAGACAUUACGAAGGAUGAAUUCGUUCAGGUUAUGUCCAAGUGUGGUAUUAUAAUGCGAGAUCCUCAGACGGAAGAAUAUAAAAUCAAACUUUACAAAGACAAGCAAGGAAAUCUUAAAGGCGAUGGUCUUUGCUGCUAUUUGAAGAGAGAAUCUGUUGAUCUUGCCUUAAGACUUCUAGAUGAUGAUGAGAUUAGAGGCUACAAAUUGCACGUUGAAGUUGCGAAGUUUCAACUAAAGGGAGAGUACGAUGCAAGCAAAAAGAGGAAGAAAUGCAAAGACUACAGGAAAAAGUUGUCUCUACAACAAAAACAGCUGGAUUGGCGGCCCGAGAAGAAACCUGGUGCAUCGCGAAUGCGACACGAGCGAGUUAUAAUUAUCAGGAAUAUGUUUCACCCUAAGGAUUUUGAGGAAGACCCGUUAGUGCUGAAUGAAAUCAGAGAAGACCUCCGAACAGAGUGUGAGAAAUUUGGUCAAGUUAAGAAGGUUCUUCUCUUUGAUAGACAUCCAGAUGGGGUGGCAUCUGUGUCAUAUAAGGAAGCAGACGAAGCCGAUCAAUGUAUACAAGCUCUCAAUGGAAGGUGGUUUGGUGGUCGCCAACUAAGAGUUGAAGCGUGGGACGGUGUGACAGAUUAUCAGGUUGAAGAGACUUCGAGAGAGAGAGAAGAAAGGCUGAAGGUUUGGGGAUCGUUCCUAGGCGAUCCUAACGUAAACAAGGAAAAAAGUCCAUCCGAUUCCAAUUCCGCUUCAGGAAGCGUGGAGCCGCCGGAAGGGAAACAGCCCUCCAAGGAUAAUAGCACACCUAAGAGUGGUGUGAGUGACAAAGUUGAUAAGAAAGCGGGCAACGGUGAAGGCGUGAACGAAGAUGACGCCCAGUCAACAGACAGCAGCCUUGCGGGAAGUGAUGAUGAAGUGGAACCUGGCUAUCUCUAACCCUUUAGAAAAGCAUGAUUUUUAGGAUGGUGUUUGGAUUUCUAUUUCUCCAUGCUUCAGGGUGACGUCCGGUAGUGUUCCCAUGAGUACGUGUUUCAUAAGAAGUCUUCAACUUAGUGCUUUGAAGUUUUCAUUAAAGGCAGUACUUAGUGAGGCGCUAAAACUGCUCCUGAAUUGGCUCUUGUUCAGAAAAAAUGUUUCAGGUAGACUGACCGCCUCUGAUCUUGGGAGUAUCUGAAAAGGUCCUAAAUGUGGGAAGUACAUUAUUAAAGCUUUGAAUUUUUGUGAUCAUACAAACCGUAAGCAAUCCGACCUCAGGCACCGAAAAAUCUAUUUCAAGAUCUGAAUUUCAUUUAAAAAUUUUCAAGUUAAUGGUAUUGAUAUUUUCUUGAGAUGCUUGUUUCUCUGAGCACUUGGAAGUCCCAUCGACUUUUUGUUAGCGAUAUUUCCCCAAGCAGCUCCAUCUCGGAAGCAAAACACAAUGUUGCGUAGUCUCGACGAGAAAAAUAAUCAUUUUCAGAGUUGCCUUAGCCCAAUGUUAAUGUAAAAAAAAACCCCAAAAACCCAAAACAGAAGAUUUCUGAUGCCUCUCAGAUCAUUUUAAAAAAUCGGAGGGGGUACCUCCUGUGGAUCGUUGGCUUCGGGAGUUCGUAUAUAUCCACUGGGAGACUAGAUUCUCCACGGUAAAUACUUUAGUUCUGGGUUUGUGUACAUAAUCAUAGAGCCUAUUAGAGUGUUCUAUAUUGCUAACUAAUCUUAACUGGUAUUACUUAAAAUUAAACAUUGGUGGAUUUAAUUCUGAAGUGAGAAAUUAUUCUUGUAGAUUGUAGGUAUGUAAAAACUGAAAAUGUGUUCUUCUGUUAUAGUAUCUACGGUGAUCCUAAAAUCAAGCAUUUUUUUUGUCACUGGAAAAGAGUACAGAUGAACUUAAUUUUGAGCGUCUGUUCUUUUGACAUUGGUUUACUUUUGAAACAAUGGCUUCAUGUAAAGUUGCUAAUUGGCUCUUCCUUCAUACGCUUCAUGUUGAGGACUGUUAUUUUUGAAAUCCAUUAGCAAAGUAUUAAUUUUUUUAAAGUAUUUUUGAGGCUUGUUCUCUCCUCUCUGACUUAAGAAAUGCGUAUAUUUGUGAUUGAAUAUUGACAUCUUAAAACGUAGCAGAAAGGCAGCAUGAAGCCUUGAAGUAUCAAAAUCCGAGGAAGAAAUUUUAAAAGUGUAAUUGUGGUUGCUACUUUGAAUAUAAUUUGAAUUGCGUGAGA